AUGUUUGUCACUCUGUUCCCAGAUGCUUUCGAUAAUGAGCUGAUGCUCAGAACUCUGACUGAUAUUGUGGAGGCGCAGAUGGUGGAUGUUCCUACGUAUGACUUCAUUACACAUUCUAGGCUUUCAGAGACUACCACUGUCUACCCAGCAGAUGUUCUUCUGUUUGAAGGGAUCUUGGCUUUCUACAGCCAAGAGAUCAGAGACAUGUUCCAGCUCAAAUUAUUUGUAGAUACAGAUUCAGAUGUCCGGCUGUCACGCAGAGUUCUCCGAGACAUGAAACGCGGCAGAGACCUGGAGCAGAUCCUCUCUCAGUACACAACAUUUGUGAAACCUGCCUUCGAGGAAUUCUGCUUGCCGACUAAGAAGUAUGCUGAUGUCAUUAUCCCAAGAGGGGUGGAUAAUAUGGUUGCUAUCAACCUGAUUGUGCAGCACAUUCAGGAUAUCUUGAACGGAGACAUCUGUAAGUGGCAGCGAGGGGCCAUGAAUGGUCGAACUCAGAAGAGGACAUUCCCAGGUCAAGGAGAAUCCAGUGGUAGUCUCAUGGCAGGGAAGCGAACUCACCUGGAGUCCAGUAGCCGGCCGCACUGAAUCCAUCAUGGAUCUUAUUACAGGUUCUUCCUGCAAGCAUCAUAAUCAUUGUAAACAAUUAGAAGAAAAAAUAAAGGCUGCGCAGUACUGAAAAAUGUACUGUUACACGAACAUUUCAAUAUCAGUUCUUAAAAGGAUACAUUUCUAGAUGUCAUGUGAGCUCUUGUUGGCAGGAGAAGCCACUCAGUGGUCAGAUUCUACUGUCUUGGCACCCUAAAAAAAACACACUCAUCAGUCUAUCUACACACAGUACUGUGCAAAAUUCAGGUGUGAAAAAAUGCUGUAAAGUAGGAAUGCUCUAAAAAUAGAAAUGUUAAUAGUUUAUUUUUUUAUCAAUUAAAAGGAAUAGUCAAAAUUAAACUUUCAUUAUUCAGAUAGAACAUGUAGUUUCAACUUUCUAAAAAUGUCUUUGUUCUGUUGUUACCUUUCUUUGAAAAAGCAAGAAUGUAAGCAUAGGAGACAGCCCAUUUUUGGUUCCGCACCUGGGUAUUGCUUUCUGAUUGGUGUCUAAAUGUAACCACCAAUCAAGCAAGUGCUACCCAGGUGCUGAACCAAAAAUGGUCCGGUUCCUAAGCUUACAUUCAAAUACAGAUAGCAAGAGAAUGAAGAAAAAUCGAUACAAGGAAUACAUUAGAAAGUUGCUUAAACUUGCAUGCUCUAUCUGAAUCAUGAAAGUUUAAUUUUGAUUAGACUAUCCCUUUAACGAAAUGCAAAGUGAACAAAAGAAAAGUCUAAAUAAAAUCAAUAUUUGGUGUGACCACCAUUUUCCUUUAAAACAACAUCAGUUCCUCUAGGUGCACUUGCACACAGGUUGUUUUAAGGAACUUGGCAGAAAUGUUUUCCAAACAUCUUGGAUAACUAACCACAAAUCUUCUGUGGAUUUAGGUAGCCUAAGUUGCUUCUGUCUCUUCAUGUAAUCCCAGACAGACUCAAUGUUAAGAUCAGGGCUUUGUGGGGACCGUACCAUCAUUUCCGUCACUCCUUGUUCUUUAUGCUGAAGAUAAUUCUUAAUGAUUUUGGCUGUAUGUUGUCAUGCUGCAGAAUACAUUUGGGGGUCAAUUUAUCAAGCUCCAUACGGAGCUUGAUGCCCCGUGUUUACAGAAGUUAUGAAGCAGCGGUCUAAAGACCGCUGCUCCAUAACCUGUCCGCUUGCUCUGAGGCGGCGGACAGAAAUCAACCCGAUCGAAUACGAUUGGCCGCGAAUCUGCAGGGGGCGGCAUUGCUGCUGGUGCAAUGAUAAAUUGUGCUGUCGGCAUUUAUCGAUGUGCAGCGGACAUGAUCCGCUAUAUCGGUAUAUAUGAUUGCUAUAUCGGUAUUGCAUGAUGGAAAGCAUCAACCUGUAGUUCUCAGGAUUAAGGGCACCAUUAAUUAUGAUCAAAUCCCCAACUCCAUUUGCAGAAAUACAGCCCCAGACUUGCAGGGAACCUCCACCAUUCUUCAGUGUUGCCUGUAGGGACUCUUUCUUGUACCGCUCUCCAGCCCUUCUGCGACAGCCAAAUAUUUUAAAUUUUGACUCAUCAGUCCAGAGCACCUACUGACAGUUUUUUUGCACCACAGUUCCUGUUUUUUUGUACAUAGUUGAGUUGUUUGGCUUUGUUUCCACAUUGGGAGAAAGUCUUUUUGGCUGUAAGUCUUCCACUUCUGACAAGACUUCUCCGGAAAGUAGAUGUGUGUAUUAGGUUCUCACUGGUUUCUGCCAAUUCUGAGCUGAUGGCACUGCUGGGCAUCUUCUGAUUGCAAAAGGAAGUAAGCAUGAUGUGUCUCAUCUUCUGCACUAAGUUUCCUUGGCCGACCACUGUAUCUACAGCCCCCAAUGUUGCCUGUUUCUUUAUGCUACUUCAAAAGAGCUUGGACAGCACAUUUAGAAACUCUGUUGCAGCAUAACUACCAUGUGUCUUGUUGCUGUGCUCAGUCUUGCCAUGGUGUAUGACUUAACAUUAAACUGUCUUCAGAAUCCUGAACUUAUUAGAGUUUGACUUUUCCUCGUCUGGUUUUAUUUCUCCUACUCAGCUGUUCCUGUUUCAGUUAAUUAUUUUUCUUCUGUUCACUUACUUUGCAUUUUGUUAAUUGAUAAAAAUAACUUAUUCACAUUUCUAGUUUUGAAAGCAUUCUUACUUUACAGUAUUUUUUUUUAUACCUGUCUAAAACGUUUGCACAGUAGUCUGUAUAUAUGGCACAUGCAGUGGACACUUGUAAAUUGUACUUUAUAGAUCAGAAUAAUUCAGGGUUUAUGUUAUGUAGCCAUUGAAAAACUUUUCUAAAACAGAUUUGAUUGUGUCUCUUGUCAGCUAGUAGUUACGUAACUACAAGAAAUUGAAGCCAAAGGUAUGUAAAGAAACUUGUUUGUACCCUUGUAAGUAAAGAAUCACUGUGAUGCACUUUUGUUUGUGAUUAAGAAAUUUGAGCUGGAACUGCUUAUGAGAAUGUGUACAUAAAUUGUAUAUUCAUAAAUAA